AUGUUGCCAUCUGACACCUUGAAUUUGACAACCGUUUCCACAUCAACUCCUCCUUCAAAUGAUAUAGAUGAUAUAUUUAAUUACAAUAAUGCACUUCUUGCUGAAGGUCUAUUCUUCUUGAACUUUCUGGAUUCAGUUUCAGAGGGAGAUGGUGAUAGAAUACUAAGGCAGUACAAGUACCUAAUGCUACUCUGCAGGGCUGAUGGUUUUCACGGUAGUAAAUAUGCACUUGAAAGUCUGUACCAACUACUCCUGGUGAAUGGUUUAAGUGAAAGUAAAGCUGGAGUUUUUACAUGGAACAGAUCAGUAAAUAAUCGUGGUGGUGCAGGAAAAAACAUCGCUAUUGACCUGGAAGUGGUACACAGCAACAAUUACAUAAAGCAAGGGAUCAAUCAUUUGGGUGUAAACAUAACUGAAAGGGCUGUGACCAGAAUUGCUAGGGCUGAGAAAUCGGUAAGAGAAAUAAUUUUCAAGGUUGACUGGAGCAUUCAAUAUGCUUCACCAUCAGGUAAGCAUGUUGAACAUUUCCCCCAAAGUGAUUUUGAGGCAAUUGCCAAGAGAUUGGUAGAUAUGAAUGUUUUUUAG